AUGACGGACAAGCUCCCUCCUAACCUGCUGGCGCUCUUCGCGCCGCGUCCACCUCUGCGAUGGGUUGCGCCGCCCGACCAUGCGCCUGAGAAGCGAAAGACACUGCCUGUAUCUGGCGUCGCCGAAUUCCUCCCUGCGCUGCAGACAUACAAGGAGACAGAUGAUUACAAACCGACGGAGAGCUGGCUGCAGAUGCGCGACCGAAAGAAGCUCGAGAAGCAAGCUGCAGUGGAGAAGCUCAAGACCGAGGGACCCAGGAACUUCAAACCUCACGAGGACCCCAACAUCCGAGGCGAUGCUUUCAAGACGCUAAUCGUCGCACGACUCUCAUACGAGGCCAACGAACAGGACCUCGAGCGGGAGUUUGGCCGCUUCGGCCCCAUUGAGCGCAUCCGUAUCAUCGCUGACACUCAUGCUCAUGAGAAGCCCAGAAAGAAGAAAAAGCCCCAUCGUGGCUAUGCUUUCGUCGUGUUUGAACGUGAGAAAGAUAUGAGAGCUGCUCUAGAAGCCUGCGAUGGUAUUCGAAUCAAGGAUCGACGUAUCAAGGUAGACGUCGAACGAGGCCGUACCGUCAAAGGUUGGGUUCCUCGCCGGCUCGGUGGCGGUCUCGGAGGAAGAGGUUACACCAAGGCUCUGCCUGCGAGGCCUAUGGGCGGACCCGGCGGCGGUUUUGGUGGUGGUUUCCGAGGAGGUUUCCGUGGCGGCUUCGAAGGAGGACGCGGCCGCGGUGGCUUCAGGGGAGGCUUCGGCGGCCGUGGAGGAUUCCGUGGAGGCGGCGACUUUGGCUCUCGUGGUGGUGACCGUGGUGGUGACCGCGGUGGUGAUCGCGGUGGUCCUAAUGGAUAUGGCGCCCCCAGGGAUGCACCUUCAGGUCCCGGUCGCGGCCAUGGAGGCGACCGCAACUUCUCUGGUGGUGGAUUUGACCGUGGAGGCGGCCGCUCAUUUGACGACAGAUCUGGCGGCCGUUACGGCGACCGCUAUGGCGGUGACCGCGAUAGAGACCGUGACCGCGACGGAGGCCGAAGGACCGGAAGCAACAUGGAGCCAAUCAGACCCAGAGGAGAAGGUGGGUAUCGCGGUGACCGAGGCGACAGAGACCGGGACAGAGACCGUGACAGCCACAGAGAAAGGGAUUUCGACAGACCUCGCGACGACGACAACAGGAAACGAGGCUACGAUGGCGGCGGCUACGAGGACCCCAGGAAGCUGCGUCGUUACUGA